AGUCCCCUGUCUUCGUUAUAAAAAUAAACUACACGUGCAUGUAUGUAUAUAUAUGAUGUUGUGUCAUGUGUGUGCACAUAUAUAUAUCCACCUUGUAGAGAAAGCAGAUAAGCAGUGAAGAGUGAGAUGGAGGCAAUAGCUAGCCCACUUGUCAAAGUUGUAGCCAUUUCUGGUUCUAUCCGCAAAGCUUCCUUCAAUCACGGCCUUGUCCGUUCAGUAAUUGAUAUAUCCAAGGAGUUAAAUAAUGGUGUGAAGGUGGAAUAUGUGGAUAUAUCACCUUUGCCUAUGCUGAACACUGAUCUCGAGGUAAAUGGAACAUACCCCGCUGCUGUGGAGGCCUUUCGAAACAAGAUUGCGGAAGCAGAUUGCUAUCUCUUUGCUUCACCUGAGUACAAUUAUUCAGUCACCGCACCUUUAAAGAACGCUAUAGAUUGGGCAUCCCGACCGCCAAAUGUUUGGGCUGAUAAGGCUGCUGCAAUUGUUAGUGCUGGAGGAGGUUGGGGAGGGGGUCGCUCACAGUAUCACCUCCGUCAAAUAGGAAUCUACAUCGACCUUCACUUUAUUAAUAAGCCAGAGUUUUACUUGAACGUGUUUGAAGCUCCUGCUAAGUUUGAUGCUGAUGGAAACCUUAUUGAUGCUGAAUCAAAGGAGAGUUUGAAAAAGGUCCUACUGUCUCUGCACGCAUAUGCUCUGCGGCUCAAAGGAAAGUAAAAAAAUUAUUGGUACAGGCUCUUCAUUUUAGUAUUAUUGUUGGCCUCAUUUGUGUCAUAUUCAGGACUUUGAUUUCAUAACCUAUUUUACCAAACAUUCAAGUGUAUAAAUUACUAAAUUUAUUUUUAUGUUAGAAGUCAUAGAUUGUGCUGGUUUUUCCUGUCA